CGUUUGUGGACCGGAUUGACACACGCAAAUGCGUCACAGAUUUGAUACGCGGCGUUGUCGACGGCAGAUUCAGAAAAAUGGCACAUGGGUAAUUCGGCUUCAAAUAGAUGACCUUUCAUGGUAAAUUUACAAGGUCUUUAGGUCUAUAUAUACCCGCUCCCUGUCUACCUUAACAUUCAUCGCAAUAUCAAAUUUGUCGAGAUUUGCAAGUUGAGAAAGUACCGAACGAAGCAAGUAAUCAGAGAGAAAAUGGCGGAAGAGGGCCAAGUGAUUAGCUGCCACACCGUUGAUGCUUGGAAAUUGCACAUGCAGAAUGGAAACGAGUCCAAGAAACUGGUGGUGGUGUAUUUCACGGCUUCAUGGUGCGGGCCAUGCCGUACCAUUGCCCCAAUUCUAGCAGAGAUUGCAAAGAAGAUGCCUGAGGUCACAUUCCUGAAGGUUGAUGUGGAUGAACUAACGACUGUAGCUGAGGAGUAUGAAGUGCAGGCGAUGCCGACCUUUGUGUUCCUUAAAGAAGGCAAAGUGGUGGACACGGUUGUGGGUGCAAAGAAAGACGAGUUGCAGCUGACCAUAGCAAAGCAUGCCACAGCCACUGCUGCUGCUUGAUGUGUAACAUGGAGGAUAUUGGAACCUCAUAAAUCUUUUUUUUAUUUUUUUGUUCUUUUCUAGUUUGUAUUGGCUGUGGUUAUGGAUCUUUCAGAAGCUAGAGUGUGGCUAGCUCAUGUGUGCAUGUAUGCAGAGCUACACAUCGCUUUAAUUGAUGUUCUGUUGUCGAAAAUGCUUACGGUACUAAGUUUAUGUUGUUCUUCUUGUUGUCGUCGCUCAUACUGGAGCCGUGAAACGAGGAAUCAGAUUGGCGGUCAUGGUUUAAUCUGUGAGUGGCUGACCUGAUUUUGAGAUGCAAUAAAAGAAUUGGAUUGAUUACGUGCCAA